AUGGAGCGGCAGUUUGGGAAUGUACCUCUCAACCUAGAUUCAGAUGACGGAUUUUUGGUACGACCACAACGUUAUUCAUGGCAAGAAGUGGCGGAACAGAACCGACAGGACCAGCUCUUGAGCACGGAUAUGGCUAAGAAUGCUUGCUCGGCUGUGGACAUUAUAAUUGCGGUUUUGAAUGAGGAAAUGCGGCAACUUAGACAGUGGAUUCCGAGGUUCAAUCUUGCUGAUCUUCUUGUUAUGGCCAGGAACAAGAUCCCUAAAAUUAAGCUUCAGUCUCUAGUCAAUUUUAUGAAAUGGUUUACGGGAACGUAGGUUUUUAUGUUUGUUGUUUUGUUUUUUAGGUAAUUAACGCUACAAAUUAGCUUUGAUAUUAUGGUAGACUUGGAAAUGCUGGGUAACUACUAAACAUUUAGUUAUAUUUUUUGACGAAGGAUAGUUAGAAAUUGGAAAAUUUAUAUGACAGAAGAUUGAAGUCUAUACUAAUUUAUAAAACAACAUUUACAGGCCAAAUCGAACGAUUCAAGGAAAUGAUGUGAAUAUUGACUUAGCAUUGGCCAAACUGGAUACAUCUGAAGAUUUUACCAACUCCUUUAGUGAUGACGACGACGACUCGAUUCGUGCUGCUUCUACAGUGUGUUCUGCGGUUGCCAAUGAAAAGAUAAACGAACUGGAAGCUCAAUUGAAAGAGCUACAAGAAACACUAAAGUUAAUUAUGAAUCAGAACGGGGUUGUUUUGCCAGCUAAAAAGGAGGCUAAAGUAAGUGUUUUGACUUGGAUAAGUUGAUUUUGUGUUUAGUAUAAUAAUUAAUCAUUGAAAAAAGUCGCAUUUACGUUUAGACAAUGUUUUUUAUUGUUUUAUAAGUACAAAUUUGUAAAAAUAUGGAUUUAAGACAUUUUUGAUUAAAUUUUUAUAUUGUUUUUGUUAUUAGUAAAAAAUCAAAAAUUCUCAUUAUUUUUAAUUGAAUUUUAGUCCGUUAUUCCACCAGUCUCUAAAGCAGCUCCUCCUCCACCACCCCCACCUCCACCAUCAUUCUUCCAGAAGAAAAAGUCGCCAGAACCUCCAAAAGACCCAUCUCCUCAUAAAACGGAAGAGGUAACGAGUUCGGAUGAGGCAAGUAUCAGAAAUUUUAGUCAAUGUAUUGUUUUUGGUCAAGAAAUUAAUAGUGAGCUUGUAAGGAGCUUGCAUUUGCAGUUAUUGACUUUAAAGUAGGUAUUUUUCGAAUAAAAUGUUGAGAACUCAUGAUAUGGAUCAGAUUAAUGUCUUAUAUAUUCAAAAAGUCAUUUAAAUUUCAGAAUAAACCUCCAGUGCCAGCGCCAAGAGUUGUAGGAUUCAAUCUGAAGGAAUUGGGAUCAGUGAAACUGAAGAAGGUCGCAAGGUAAGAAAUACGAUUAUUUUAGGUAACAAUUUAUUUGUAAGGAGUUUUUUUAAAGCUGUGUGUAAUUUAUAUUGUUUUAAAAAUUUUGUUUUAGAACUCCCGGCGGUACCCCAAUCAGGCCGUCACACGAUCAUGAUAAAAAUUUCGGAUUCUUGGCGCGAGCUAUCAAGGAGAAGUUCCGAAACACGGGAGAAACAGAUGAUGAACCAGAAACACAUGACGAUUGGGACGACGAGGAGACCAAGAAAGAGGAGCAUCUGCAGUAA